AUGGCAUUGCCGGUUCCACUCGUCCGCCUGGCGCUGCUGCUGCUCGUCGCGCUGCCAUUCUGCGCCGCGCAUCCCGGACCGGGGGACUUCCCUGCUCCUCGCUACUUCCAGAGCCCCGCGCUCCACUCUGAUGGGUUUGGCUUGCUGGCAAGGAGGUCAAUUGCUGAAGCUCCUACUGACAUCAACGUCACUACGAAUAGCUCCUUUGUAUUGGCGGCAGAUAGGACAUAUCGAAAGGAUCCCUUGAAUGGCUUCAGGAAAUACCCGGGCGGCUGGAAUAUCAGUGAAGUGCACUAUUUUGCCUCCGUCGGAUAUACAGCCAUUCCACUGUUCGCCAUUGCUCUGGCGUGGUUUGUGAUCUUUUUCCUGGUUAUGCUUGGGAUUUGCUGCCAUCACUGCUGUUGCCCGCAUCACACCUACAAGUACUCUCGAACAGCAUAUGCUCUGUCAUUGAUACUUCUAAUAUUGUUCACUUGUGCUGCAAUUGCUGGAUGUGCUAUGUUAUAUGAUGGCCAGGCAAAAUUCCACAAGAGCACAACAACUACUCUGAAGUUUGUUGUCAGCCAGGCAAAUUAUACCGUUGACAACCUUAGGAACCUAUCAGAUAGUUUGUCUGCUGCAAAGAGGAUCGACAUAGCACAAUCCUUUUUACUGCCUCCUAACGUGCAAACUCAGAUAAAUGAAAUCCAAGGAAAGCUGAACUCAUCAGCUACCGAUCUUGCUAUUAAAACAACAGAUAAUGCUGCGAAGAUAAAGAAGUUGCUAAACAGAGUGCGGCUGGCUUUAAUUGUCAUUGCAGCAGUGAUGCUUCUUCUCGCAUUUAUUGGCUUCUUGUUAUCCAUCUUUGGUCUGGAAUUCCUUGUCUCUCUCUUGGUUGUUAUUGGAUGGAUACUGGUUACUGGGACGUUUAUCCUGUGCGGUGUCUUUCUUCUUCUGCACAAUGUUGUUUCAGAUACUUGUGUUGCAAUGGAAGAGUGGGUUGCUCAUCCGACAGAACACACUGCCCUGGACGAGGUUAUCCCCUGUGUCGAGCCUGCCACAGCGAACGAAUCCCUGUACAGAAGCAGGCAGGUCACCUUCGAGCUGGUGAACGUGGUGAACCAGGUGAUCACCAACGUGUCGAAUAGGAACUUCCCUCCACAGUUGACGCCUUUCUACUACAACCAGUCGGGGCCACUGAUGCCUCUGCUCUGCAAUCCAUUCACACCUGAUCUGAGGGACCGCAACUGCACCCGAGGGGAGGUUACCUUGGACAACGCAACCCAGGUUUGGAAGAACUACGAAUGCCAGAGCAAAACCGUUUCAGGAGCCGAGAUUUGUGCCACGGUGGGUCGCGUCACCCCCAGCAUCUACAGUCAGAUGGCGGCGAGCGUGAACGUGAGCCAGGGGCUGUACCAGUACGGGCCUUUCCUCAUCCAGCUGGAGGACUGCACCUUUGUGCGCGACACCUUCACGACCAUCAACCAGGGCUACUGCCCCGGGCUGGAGCGGUACAGCAAGUGGGUGUACGUGGGCCUGGUGAUGGUCUCUUCGGCGGUGAUGCUAUCGCUCAUCUUCUGGGUGAUCUACGCCAGGGAGCGGCGCCACCGCGUGUACAGCAAGCAGCACCAGCCGUACCCGGUGGAAGACAAGCCAGCUACGAUGGUCCCGGGCGCAUGA